AUGGCGUCGACUUCGAGGAAUUUAGGCACGGUAAUUGGUGAUCUCGACUUGGAAGCACUUUCAGCGUAUGAGGAUGCUCUUGAUGAGAGCGAAACGGAAUUGAAGCGAUUGUGCGAAGUAGCUGCAGAGCAUCUGACUCGAGAAAGACCUCGCCCACAAGCCAUCGUUCCCCCUCCCAUGCUUCGAUCUCCAUCAUCAACCACAAAACGUACCAAACGCUCGAGUAGCAGCAGCAGCAUAGAAAAAAUACCUGAAGGCCAGUCAAGUACAUUACGAAGUCGACGCUCCAACAUUGGAAGAAAAGAUCGGUCAAGCCGUGGUGGUCAAAACAGUAGCAAUGGGCAGAAAAGUGGCAGCGAUCAUUCAGAUUCACCCGACGAAUGGCGGAUGAUCAACUACACUUUUCAAGAAGUUUCACAUUAUCCGGUUUUGAUGCAAAUCAAUCAACAAAUGCAAAUGUUGAGUCGUCAACUCUAUGAAAUCGAGUCCACAAAUGCUUUACAGCUGAAGAUUAUCGCCCAGUUACUGGCUAAACUAAUAAAGGCUCGACGGCGACCGCUCUAUACUAUGGCACGAUUUAUACCAUUAAUGCCGGUUAUGUUCUUUGUUAUAUUCUGGCCUCUAAUUGCUAAUCUCAUCUACAGGUUCAUUACUAGGCGACGACAAGGACUAGGAGUGCUUCUUCGCUACCUAUGA